AUGGAAAAAAUUGAAUAUCGUUCAGUAAAAAAAUUCCUUCAUUUCAAAGUGAAAGUGGAAUUAGUUUACAGCAAACUUGCACCAUGGUUAACAACAAUUAAAUAUUGGAAGGCUGAAUUUGAACGUGAUCUCACGAGUGUUUUUGAUGAAGAGGGUCCGCGUCGUCCAAAAGAGAUAGCAACUGAAAAAGACACAGAAAAAGUCCACGAUAUUCUGUUGGAUGAUCCAAAAUUAAAUUGCGUGACAAAUAUAUCAUAUGAAUGUAUAUCGAAUAAUUUAUAUAAAUAUUUAGAUAUGAAAAAGCUUUCGCCAAGAUGGAUACCACGUUUGGUCACAAUUGCUUAA